GAGCCAAGAAGCCAAUGGAGCCAGAAGGACAUCGAUAACUGGGUGACUAAUAUUAAAGAAUGCAGAGCAGAGGUAGAUCUUGUCGAUUUCCUUUCGGUGGCCUUCCGGGCGGUGCAGUUGCAAAUGAAUUGCCAAUUGCGCGACUCGCAGAUGCUUGCCAUUUUAAUGUUCGUGACGCCGAGCGAGAAACAAAGACUGCAACGCCGAAUGGCGCAAAUCUCCACGGGCGAGGGCAAAACGCUGAUUACCACCUUGCUGGUCAUCUAUCACGUGCUUUCCAACUGGUCGAACGGGAGACGCCUCGUCGACGUCAUCACCAGUUCACCGGUUCUAGCCGUGGACAACGUCAUCGAGAUGAAGAGGUUCUACGAAGUUUUCGGCGUCGGCGUGCAGAACAACUGCGACGCAACCUGCUCCGAUGACGAGGAGUUGCGCAGGAAGCGCUACAACACGGACGUCGUGUACGGUGACCUGUCCAGCUUCCAGCGCGACAUCCUCUUGAGUCGAUUCUUCUCCGAUCGCGACAUCACCUGCAACCGGGAAGCUGGAGCCGUCGUCGUCGACGAGGUAGACAGCAUGCUUUUGGAUAAAGGUGAAAACAUCUUGUACUUGUCGCACAAGAUACCCGAAAUGGACGACCUCGUUCAGGUGUUCGUCGAGAUAUGGCAUACCGUCCACGAUCCGUCGGUCGCUGCUGGAGACGAGAGAGCACAAGCCACUGUGUACGAGAGCGUAAAGGAACGCGUUGAGAACGGCGACAUCCGCGUUCCCAAGUGCCUCGAAUCCUUCGUCCUGCGCUACCUGCUGGUGUGGACGCGCAACGCGUUCAGGGCCAAGAAGGUGACCAAAGAUUCGUACAAAGUGGACGACGUCGGCGACGGCCGUGGACAGCAGAUCGUCAUCAUGGACAAGGAGACGGGUGUGGAACAAGUGCAAAUGCAAUGGUCGCACGGACUUCAUCAGUUUCUUCAGUUGAAGCACGCUCUGAAAUUGAGCCCCAUUUCGCUGAAGGCCGUUUUCAUGUCCAACGUGGGCUUCUUCGAGCAGCGCAAAAACGCCGCCCUGUACGGAAUGACGGGCACACUUGGCUCCACCGCCGAGUGCAAACUGUUGGGCGACGUGUUCCGCGUCGAUUUCUUCAAGAUGCCUCGUUUCCGGCGUCGCUUUUGCCUAGAAGAGGAUCACCUCUUAUCUCCCACGAGGAGCCAGUGGUUGGACAAUUUAGUAGGCGCAACCAAAGCCCAGGUGGAUGCGAAACGAGCCGUGCUGGUUGUAUGCGAGAAUAUUGCCUCGGCAGAAGCCGCCUACAAUAAGCUUUUGUUUGCGUAUAAACAAGAGGAUCAAAGUAAGAAAGGGAUGGAGGCCACAAUUGGCGUUAAUAUCAGCAAAUACGUCAGUUCGUUCGACAAAGGAUUCCAAAAGAAACAACACGACUCCUCUCUGGCUCCCGGCGACAUCAUCGUGGCCACCAAUCUGGCCGGCAGAGGAACCGAUUUCAAGAUCAACGAGCAACUCGCCAAGAAUGGCGGGUUGCACGUCAUCAUAGGAUACAUGCCGGCCAACGCUCGUAUCGAGGCGCAAAUCGAGGGACGAGUGGCUAGAGCUGGUCAGCCUGGAAGUUUCCAGUUUGUCGUGUGGGACCCGACCGUCAGUGUGUCCAAGUCGGACGUCGCCUCGGAGCUUUGCGGCUUGAAAGUGAGGCGCGACGACCGAGAAUGCCGUCGGCUGGAACAAAUUCGCACUCGCGGUCUGCAGAAGAUCUUCCUGGAAGAAGAACUGUUCAAGAAAUUUCACGAGGAGAUCUACAACGUGGCGAGGAAGAUGUUGCGUCAAAAUACCUCACCGGACGGCGAAUUGCAGUUGAAAUUUUUGACCAACAACUGGGCGCUCUGGUUGGAUGAUAACGCCGAUCACAUCGACAACAUUCACGUACGCAAAUCGGACACCGUCUACGCGAAUUUCAAGUCAUUUCAAACGAAAUGCCUCGCGUCGGCCGGUGAGUCAGCCGGUAGUUUUGCGCGGUUCGCAUCGACGCCAUCUGAGCUGAUGAUUCUUGGCGAUUUUUUUGAAAAGACGAAAGAAACUGAACAUAAAGCGAAUCAUUGCUACAUACAGGUUGUCAAGAAAGAGCCGGACGAUUGCCCAGGUGCGCUCAUCCGUCAAGCGAAGCUGAUUUUGCGCGAAGCGGGCAGCGUCGAGAAGAGAAAAAGCGAAGCCACUGCUGAUCAGGGCGAGAACUUUGAUUGAAAACAAAAUCGGCCAGCUUUCCAUUUGUAACGAUUUGGUUAAGAAGACGUUGAAGACGCACGAAAAGUCCGGCAGCGUCAUGAUCAAUGAGAAUCGAUUCGAGGAACAGACAACCAAUUUGAUAAGUCUUUUACAGGUGCAUUUGACUGCCAUAGAUGACAUCUUGGGGCGGUCGGUUGUUGGCGCCCUGGCCAUGCAUUUUCCGAAGGAAGAAGAAAUGCAACACAUCUUAGCGCUAAUAACAGACGAGCUGAAACACAAAGGGCAUUGUAAGCCUUAUCGCUUGUCCAAAAGCGUGUCGGUGAGGUCGAUCGGUGUUGGCAAAGACAUGAGUGACGAUCACCAAACUGUUCUCUGGAUGGACUACGGUACAACGUCACAACAGAGACGGAUCCAUUGGCCAACGGAGAUGGCCCAGUACGAACGCGCCGUCGUUCAGCGCAUUGACGAAAGAAGAGACGCUCUGCGGCAAUCGUUCACCAAGUGCACGUUGACGGACGUGGUGGUCACCCAGAACCAGGUGUGGGAAGAGUUGGUCAAAGAAGGGUACGUAGUUCAGGAAAAGAUCAUCGACCAGGACGUUAUCCGUUGGGCGCAAUCGCAAAUUGAGGGUGAUUCUGCCGUCAAGGAUUUCCUCGAACGACUGCCAACAGAAUUGGACUGUUUGAAAACUGUUCUUGUGGAUUGGCUCAAGCGUCACGACGAAGAACCCUUCGACGAAGCCGUCACUCCGUUGAAGCUCGACAACGUCACUUUGAAGUCACUCGAGAGCUUCCUGAAGGAGAGCCAAAUCGUGAUUCACAUCAAUCAUAGGCAGGGCGUGCUCUCCAAAGAGAUAUCGUUCGAUCCGAACCGAACGAGCUCGCCCGUUGUAAGGCCUGUCG